AUGGAAUCAUUCGAAGAGGCAGCUUUCGCUCUUGUUCAAUCAAUGAGCCCGUCAAAAAAUCUCGCCAUAGAGGACGUUCCCUAUGAUUCGCUUAAGGCUGUCAUCUCGAAUUGUCUUGGGCGGAAGGGAACCAAACUCGACGAGGGAUACAAUGGAAAUGGGACGGUCAAUAAAAAGUUCAAGUAUGACGAUGAGUCAAGCGAGCAGAACAAAUCAAAUGGAAUCUUCAGGCGGCCAUCAUUUUCUCUUGGUGGAGAGGACGAGGACUCUCGGAUGUCGGAUUCUCGUCUUUCUGCUGGCCCAUCCGACGAAUCAAUCACGACAAAUGAUGAGGAAUCGAGAAGCAGUAAUCUCUCCUUUUCAAAGCGCAAAAUUCAUCACGGAUCGGGGCAUUCGUUGUCGAAUGGAAUGAAAUUGAAUCUAUCUGGCUUCAGUCUCCGGCAAAUUAAACGCGCAAAACGAAUCCAAGAGAUGCGAGAGUUGCGAAGGAAACAAGCCAUGCAUGAGGAAUUCACGGAAUUCGGAAUGACAAAUGAUGAGCUUUCUUGGGACACAUUUCUCUCGUGGUGGGAGACAACGAUGACGCAAGAUGCUCAAAUUCUUUUUCUCUUUCAUCAAACGAUCAACUCGUUGCGGAAUCAUUUCUCUCGACACACUUGGUCGACAAAUGUUGAGGAACAAGUUAUCAAAUUCUUGAAGGAAACAGUGCCAAUGCUUCGUCGUCACAUUGCCGCCUCACGUGAACGGUCCUCCGAAAUCGGUCCCACCCAGCAAGUGAAAGAGGCCGAAUUGUUGAUCAUGCUCGAGAUGCACAUUUUGACCAAUAAAAUUGGAUCCGCAAGCAAAGAGCAAGAGAUCAAACAGAACAACAAUGAUUCGGAGGUGGAUUGGACGCGUUUCGUGAACAAGAUGGUCUCCGAUUUGCGUUUCAUUUUCACCGCCGUCAACACCACGUACAUGAGGGGUUUUCUGGAGGAAACCCUAUGUGACACAUUUUCCCACAUAAUCCCCCGUACACUGGCCGAGAUCUUCGAUGAGUUGUGCAUCGCGAUGCCGCCCGAUCUCGAGGAAUUCGCUACGAACUCAAACUCGGCACCACCGUCCGGUGGAAAUUCCCCAUCAAAGGGUGAUCUUCAUCGAACCGACUCCGUUCACAGCGGAUCGAUCACCGAGUUUUGCCAAACAAAAGCAUCAAAUUCGAGAAACGCACUCGAUCAGCUCUUCGACGAGCUCAACGAACCGAGCGCUCGAAGUGACUCAAGUCAACUUGUCAACAAUUCUUCGAAAAGUAAACCUGGGAUUUCUGACGCUGACGUUGACUAUAAACGAAAAGCUAAAGACAACACUCUCUCGAAAUUCGCCAAGCGAAAAAUCGUCCCCGAAACACCCGAGAAAAAGCUUCAAAAGCUGCAUCGAAAAGUCGAGGAUAACGAGGAGAUCCUGGCGACUCCGAUCGCAAAGAUGCAACGAGGAAAGGACAAAAGAAAAGAGCAAAGACUCUCAGAAGUGAUCCGGAAAAGUGAGGAGAGGCUCGUGCGGCAACCGAGAGCUGCCGCGGUGGCCAGUGAAAAGGCCAGUCGGGCAAUUAUUCAGGCGGUCUCCUUAUCAGAAGUGCCAAAAACUUCAAAAGAAACAUUUCUGUCGCUGAAUCGCUCGUCAACGCGACCAUCAAAAGCGCGCACGAAUUUGACAAGUCUUUUUGAAAAUUCUAAA